AGCUCGCCCCCACCUUCCAGACUCGCCGGAGCGCAGAGCAAUGGAUGGGAUUGGGAGCGAGCGACGCUCAGCCAGCCGGGUCUGGCAGCGGCGUGAAGCAAACCCGGAGCGCGGGGCGUCACGUGACGCGGAGCAGCAGCGGCGCCGCGGGAGGGGGAGCGCGAGCGGGAAUGGAGGCGGCGCGAGCGGCGGAGGUCUCUGUUUAAUAUCUCUACCGAAUGAUGACACCCCUGACAGUACAGCAAUCCGUCAGUACUGCUGUGGCAUAUCAAUCAAUGGACUGUGACUUAAGCCCACAGCAUACUGAUUUGAGCUCCAGAAUAUUUCCAGAUGUGCAAGCAAGUGUUCCUAGGAAGAGACGCAAGAGCUUGUAUUCUAGCUGGUAAAGUUCCAGACCGUCAAACAGACAGCCCUAUUACAAUGGGUACCUCGUGGCAAGUCUGAAGAUACAAGAGUGAAGGAAUGGAAUUGAAUGAACCUGCUGGGGUACGAGCCGUGCAACACCGCAGCAUGCAGUCCUACCGGGAGCAGAGCAGUUACCACGGGAGCCAAAGGCUGCUGCACCAGGAGGCCCAGGAGUCCACCCGCCUGAGCGACUAUAACCAGCACCACCAGGGCCCAAUUUACAGCGGCUACGGCAACCGACCAGUCAGCGAGGGCUGUGACCAACAGCUGUACCCGCCCUUCCGCAGGGAGCCCACCGAUUACUAUUACUCAAGGGGGAAGGAACUGACCAGCAGCCAGGUUCAGCGCAGGUUGGGUGGGGGACUACAGAGUGGCUACGGCGCGCAGCAGGCUGGCAGCUACUCGGUGCAGUACCUGAGCGAGGGCCAGUGGCGACCUCCACCCACCUCCAUGCCAGGCUAUGGACACUUUGAGCAGGACGUAUACACCAGUCAGUUUUCUCCAGGUACCUCUCAGCAACAGCUGCGACACCAGUCCUUCCAAACAACCCCCAGCAGCCAAGGACUGGCCCAAGCCCCUUCCUCCACUGCUCACCUUUCCCAGCUUGUCCACCAGGCUGGUUCGAGCCUGCAGGCCAAGUUCCAGCACCGUGCAGCCCAGUACAACCCCCAGCAGUUCCAGCCCUCCUCCACCACCUCUACCACCACAACCACCACCUCCUCCUCCUCCUCCUCCUCCUCCUACCUGUCUCCUCAAGGCUACAGCCAGCCCCCUGGUCAGGCGUUUGAUGGCUACCAUGCCAGUGCCAGCAGCCAGUGUGAUGGCUACACAGUCAAUGCUGCAGUUGCCCCCGGUUACGGUACCCAGGCCGGCUACAGCUACCAGCCACCUGUAGCCAAGCCCUGCUUCGAACAGGCAAAACCACCGUCGGGCCAGCAGCACACCCACCGAAACCUGCAGUACCCCGCCACAGCCAAGAUGGCCCUGCUCAACCAGCAGUUUGGUUCCUAUUGCACAGCCGACAUUCCUGCCAAAUCGCCGAUGCCAUUCCACCAGAAUUUUAGCCCCGGUUCCAACCCCUCUCCAGCCACCCCUGUGGCCCAGUCCCCCUCUUGCAGCUCCACCCCGUCCCCCCUGCUGGUCGGCGGUGACAGCCUUCAGUGCAGUGCCGGGUCCAUAGGCAUCGGGGCAAGGGGACGCCUCCUGCAACAGAUGCCCCACCCCAGCCCCACCCCAGCGGGGUUGAUGUCCAGCCCCAGCUCCCAGUCCGCUACCUACGAAGGCUUUGGCCUGGAGGGCGGAGGGGAGAAGAGGGCGCCGGACCUGGGCCUCAGCAGCCUGACUGCUCUGAGCUCGCAGGUGGCCAACAUCCCCAACACGGUGCAGCACCUGCUCCUCUCUGACUCGCUGGCCCUGCAGCGCAGGCAUGCCCGCCGUUCCGCCAAGAGAGCGGGAGCCCCAGGAGAGCUGCCGGGCCUGGAGGAGCAGCUGAAGUCGCCCCGGGCAGACUCCCUGGAUGGAGGCUGCUCCAGCUCCUCAGAGGACCACGCGGAGCGGGUCCGCCAGCUUAGCGGGCAGAGUGGCUGCUCGGAGCGGGCCCUGAAGCCACGCCACCCCGAGGCUGCCAACGCCACCUGCUCGCCGGCUGGCUCCCAUGGCGACGGGCGGCCGCUCUCCAAGGAGGAGCUGAUGGCCCAGAUGUGUCAGGAGGGCAAAGGCAGUGCUGUGGCGACGCUGGCGGAGCCAGGACCCCAGCGAGGCGAGAAGCCAGUGGGUGUCAUCGUGUCACGGGAAACCGUGGCUGGGAGAGCAGAAGCAAUGGGCAUAGCUGAGCAAGAAGACGAGCACGCCUACACUGUCGGUAGCGAGAAGAUGCCUGGCCGUGGCCAGCAGCCCAACAGUAGCCGCAACACCACGGCAAGAUCAGCAGCCCAGAACGGCAACGGCCUGGGGCACCAAGGUCAUCUGGGGCCUGGUGACCCCAUGACUACAAGGUUGGACUCCUCCAAGUCCCCCAGCUGCUUAGCUUACGGUUUCCGGGACAUGCCCAGAAAUGAAGGGGGGUACCAUCAAAUGCAGUACCCCAGCACUCCUUACGGCCAGUUGGAGACUGAGCAGUUCACUUCUGGGGACAGGAAGGUCAUCCCAAAUAAGGCUGAGAAGAGCCACAGUUUGCUUCAGGAAGCCCUGCAAGCCAACUAUCCAGCAAGGAAGUUCCAUCCAAACUAUGUCCCUGACCUGCAAUAUUCGGGAUUCAUGGAUCCCUCGCUGCAGCCUGGCUACCCCAUGCGGCAGAUGGCUGAGGUGGCGAGGAAAGACGUCCCAGGUCAUGCCACACCCUUGCCCUCUGGUUGGGUAGAUGGGAGAGCACAGGUUCCUGGCUUUGGCACGGAGCAGGGCAGGGCUGACCUGGAGACCCAGCUUGAAGGCGGGAUGUCAGAGAGGAAGUCUGUCAUCUGCGACUUCUCCCCAUCAAGGCCAUUUGGCCGUAGCUCUACACCUUUAACCUGUGGCCAGUCUCACGAUCAGGAGUUUCUCCGGAGCGUGAAAGGUGACAAAUUUUGCAAAGCAGGACAGUCGGUUAUUCAGACAGGUCUUCCUGUGAUGUCAGAAACACGAAUUAAAGGUGAGAUGGGCCAAAGUCUAGGUCAGCAAAGGGCUAUUGGACACCACGAUGACAGAGACCCAAGGACACUGUCACCCCACUGGAAGUACGAUACUUCACAGAUGGUCAGGGGUUCCACAAUGAUUUCCACUCCAAUGCCCAUGGGACCUGCCAGUAACUUUCCCCAUCAGCCCCUGAACAACCGAUCCACCAGGGCAAGACGUCCCUAUGGCAGGGGAGCAGGCAGAGGCGGGGUGAGGAGAAGAGGCUCAACAAGGGCAGAUGGCAAUGCUUUCCUGACAAGGGCACCACUUAUCAAACAGGAAGGUAUGCUGGAAGUUGGCAGAGCCGGGCACCUUGGCCAAUCUCGUGAACACCUGCCAGUCUUAUUGGACAAGAUCGCCAUGUAUCCUGGUUCUACAAACUCAGAUACACUUUCCUCCCUGUUAACCAAGCAAGUGAAUGCUUGUUCCUCGGGUAUGGAGUCAGAAGGCACAGUCAGAUAUCCAAUUCAUCCACCGAAGCAGAUGUACAAUCCUAAAGGUGUGGGUGAUUGGACUAACGCAAAUGACGUGAAAAUGCCUGCUGCAGAGAUGUGCAGGAGCAGGAUUCAGAAAGAGCCGAGACUCCCUGAUGCCACGCAGCAGGAAGCAGGUAGCCACCCUUCGCUCCAAAUGUAUUUGCCUCAGAGUCACGAGGCCCAAAGCCCACAGCUGGAUGAUCAGUCUGCGUCCAUGGGCAAGCAUUUGCCUAAAAAGCAAAACAAUACGAGUCAGGAGGACUCAUCGGUUCAGUCCUCUAUUUUGUCAAGGAGAAGGAUAAGAUCUUUUAUAUCACCGAUUCCAGCCAAGAGAUUUUGCCAAGAGCCAAAAGCCAAGGACCCCCUACACCAGCGUGACCCUAUCGACUCUCCGUGCAGCACCAGCCUGACCCCCGUACAAAAGCCUGAGGCUGCCGAUGAAUCCCUGCAGGUGAAUGACGAGAAGGGCAGCCCGGGUGGGAGCCUUUCUCCAGCUGCUUCCCUUGCCAGUCCCGGUAAAACUAAGACACUGCCACCGCGGAAGGGCCGAGGCCUAAAGCUGGAAGCCAUCGUGCAGAAGAUCACCUCACCCAAUGGGAGGAAGUUUCCACCAACUGGGAUGCUUGACGGGGCCUCAGAUGGCCUGACCCUAGAAGACAUCCUGUCUGUCAAAGAGGCAGGUUGGGAGAGAGGCAACGAGGCAAUGGUGCAGGCUGGGUACAAGAUGGAUGGAGAUCCCAAGGAAGGGGCUGAAGAACAGGCUCGGGGCCCUGGGGCUACCUGCCAGGAGCGACACUCCAACUACUCCCAACUCUGUGGAGCCUCCUCACCAUCUGCUCGGGCUUCACAUCAUCCUGACUCCAAUCAGUGUGGUGCUGUGUGCCCUCUGCCCUGCCCCCUGACGCACCAGGCUGGGGAAGGGACCACUGGUGUAACCCCUAAGGCGGAAAUUGUGGUUGCAAAGGGAUAUUUCCCAUCUGGCAAAAAGCGAGGGAGACCUCUGGGGAGCAUCAACAAGCAGAAACGCCUCCGGCAGGAGUGCUCAGGCCCCCGGGCUCAGGACGAGGCAGAGGAGGAGAAGGCCAAGGCUAAGGUGAGGCCGGAGAGGAAGAAACCAGUCUCCCAUCCAAGGAGGCGCCGCAAGCGGCUCGACGGCCCAGUCGUGCUGCCCCAGGAGCCAGAAAUCAAACUGAAACACACUGCUCGAGUGACACGCAGGAGGCGGGGGGAGUCCCAGGAUAAAGGUUUCUCUCCCUACGUGUUGCUGGAGAGGAAUCGUGAGGUGGCGCUCUGCACCAUAAUCAACACCCAGGAUGAUCAGAACAGUAUCCAGAAAGGAGUUAAGGGUCACCAGGGGCCAACCUCCACCCCACCGCCCAGUUGUGCUGGCAAAGCCUUACCAACAUCCUCACACAUGGUGCAAGGCCCACUGGUGACUGACUCCCCCACCCUUGGCAUCUUGGUCUGCUGCUUGUGUGGCAAAUGUGCUAAUCACAGGGACCUGGGUGACCUCUUUGGACCCUACUACCCUCACCAGUAUGCUAGCACCCUGCCCAAGAACCCACCUCCGAAGAAGAUAACACCGGUGCAGAGCCGAGUGGUGAGGCACAGGAGCAUGCCCGACCUGCUAAAGACUGGCCAGUCAGGAGAUGAGGGCAAGGAGUUUGGGACUGUCCUGGGGCACCCCAGGUUCAAAAGACGUCACUACAGUGAAGAUUGCACCCCUUCCUGGGCCAGUCCCAGGAGCAGCAAAGGGCACCGUCGCUGCUACUGCUGCAUAAAGACUUCUUCUGUCGACUUACGGACUCAGAGAUUUAUAAGUGAGCUCGGCCCGCAGAUGGAGCUACAGCUCCCUCAACUACCUCUAGACCCCAAUGAACUGUGGAUCCACGAGUCCUGUGUGCUCUGGGCCAGUGGGGUCUACCUGAUCUCUGGGAGACUCUAUGGACUGCAAGAAGCUGUAGAAAUGGCUAGGGAGACGAAAUGCUCACACUGCCAGGAGCCUGGCGCUACCCUGGGCUGCUACUGCAAGGGAUGCCCACUCAACUAUCACUACAUCUGUGCUCUGGAAGCAGAUUGCUUUCUGAAUGAAGAGAAUUUCUCCAUGAAAUGCCCCAAACACAAGCACAGGGCUACAAAAGGUAGCAGUACAGAGCAGUCGGAGCGAGGCUGAGCAGAGGCCUCCAAUUCUCCAUGGACACAGCACAAGCAGGUCCUCCUGUUGAAAGACGGUGAAUCCGACAUGAUUCUGGUAUCGGACAGGGUGACUCCAUGGGUGUGUCUUCAGCCCCGGAUGCCCACUGUUUACUGCAACCACAAAGAACUGCCGGUUAAAGGACUUGGAGCAAAAAUAACCCUGGACCUGUGCGCUUGCAGCCCCGAUAUCUUGAAACCACAGGGCAGUGAACAAAACAACAAGAAGACAUCCUGACUGGAAAGGGUGGGGUAUCCAGGGUGGGGAUAGGGGGGAUUCUACUGAAACCACCCCCUUCCCCCUAACUUUGCAGAGACCCAGAGCUGAGACCUCGCACCCUGAAUCGUUCUUGGCUCAAUCUUCUAAUGUAAAUGGCUUCAGUCUGAGAGGAUGGACUGCCUAGAUUCUAUAUUUUAUUUUUUAUUUUAAAUAUAUCAGUGACUCUUGGUUUUCAAAUACCUUUUUUUCCUGUUUCUCUGUCCCUUCCUCCUCCAUUGGCUGACCAUGGCAGGACAGUAUAGUGGUGAGAGCUCGCCCAUGUAUGUUCAGUGUUAUUUUGGGUGUUUUAUUCAAUAUAUAUAUAUUAUAUUAUAUUAUAUAUAGUUAUUAAAUUGUUUACAACAGUA